CAAGCCAUUUUCCUUUCUUAUACUCCUAAACAGUCCCAUGUUUUUCCACUAAGUUCAUUUUACUAGCAAUGGAGUACUUCAUUUUCACAGCAUUUGCCUUUGUCCUCACAGCUUUCAUCUUCCUAUUAACCCAAAAAACCAAAUCCAAAAAACUAAACCUUCCUCCCGGUCCAUCAGGUUGGCCGGUCGUCGGUAACCUUUUUCAAGUGGCCGGUCCCGGUAUUCAAUUUUUCCAGUACAUUAGAGAUAAUCUCAAACCAAAAUAUGGUUCAAUUUUCACACUCAAAAUGGGUGCACGUACUUUGAUUGUUAUCACUAGUGCUGACUUAGCUUACGAAGCUUUAAUCACAAAGGGUCAUAUUUUCGCUACCCGUCCGAGAGAAAACCGGACCAAAACCAUCUUCAGUUGCAACAAAUUCACCGUCAAUUCAGCGAGUUACGGUCCAGUAUGGCGGUCCCUAAGAAAAAAUAUGGUACACAACAUGCUUAGUUCGAUCAGAUUGAAAGAAUUUCGCCAUUGUAGAGAACUGGCUAUGGAUAAAAUGAUCGAAAGAAUUCGUAUGGAUGCUGAGGCCAAUAACGACGUCAUUUGGGUGCUGAAAAACGCGCGUUUCGCGGCGUUUUGGAUUCUUUUGGCUAUGUGUUUUGGUAUUGAAAUGGAAGAGAAAAUGAUUGAAACUAUUGAUCAAAUGAUGAAGGAGGUUUUGAUCGUGCUUAUUCCGAGGUUAGAUGAUUAUCUUCCGAUGUUGAGCUUAUUUGUUGGUUACAAACAACGUAAAAUAGUUAAAGAAGUUCGUAAGCGACAAAUCGAAACAAUCGUCCCUCUGAUCGAGAAACGUCGUAAAGCUAUACAAAAUCCUGGGUCCGACAAGACUGCAGCCUCAUUUUCGUACCUAGAUACUUUGUUUGACAUUAAAGUCGAAGGUAGAAAGUCAGGACCGACAAAUCCAGAGCUUGUAACACUAUGUUCGGAGUUUUUGAACGGUGGGACCGACACGACGGCUGCAGUAUUAGAGUGGGCCAUAGGAAGAUUGAUCGAAAACCCUAACAUACAAAAGAAAAUGUACGAAGAGAUCAAAAAAGUAGUGGGUGACAAAAAAGUUGACGAGAAUGAUAUAGAAAAGAUGCCUUACUUAAACGCCGUCGUAAAGGAGGUUUUACGUAAACACCCUCCUGUGUACUUUACAUUUACUCAUACAUAUAUGGAUGCUAACGAGUUUUUCACACAUGGGAUUUCUCAUGACCCGAACGUUUGGUCCGGGAUAGGUUUUUAUCCCGGGAAGAGAUAA